GCGCGAAGGAGCGGUGAGCAGAGCUGAGGUGCCGGCGGCAGGCUCGGCUCGGUUCGGCUCGGCUCGGUUCGGCUCGGCUCCCCCACGGUCCUGCGGCCCGGCGGCCCCCUCGCCGCCGUCCCCCAUGGAGUUCAAGCUGGAGGCGCACCGCAUCGUCAGCAUCUCCCUGGGCAAGAUCUACAGCGCCCGGGGUCAGCGCGGCGGCCUCAAGCUCCACAAGAACCUCCUGGUGUCGCUGGUGCUGCGCAGCGCCCGGCAGGUCUACCUGAGCGAACCGGGCUGCCCACCCGAGCCGCCCCCCGCCGCCUGCGGGCCCCCCGAAGAGGAGUCACCGCCCUGCACCACCGCCUGGGCGGCCGGCGAGCCGCCGCCGCCCCCGCAGGACGAGGCGGUUAGAAGCGGCCCGCGGCUGCCCGGCGCGGACUGCGAGAGCCCCCGGUCGCGGCGCUGUUGCUGCGGUUGUAGCUGCUGCUGCGCGGCGGCGGCGGGCGGCGAGGCGAACCGCGGGGACUGCGCCACCGCCGGGGCCGCGGCCCCCCCGCCGCCCCACUGUCCCCGGAAGCGGAGUGCCGGAGAGCGGGGCCAGGCGGGCUCCCCGGUGAAGAAGCCCCGCCGCGAGGAGGAGGAGGAGCCGCCGCCCCCCCCGCCGCCGGGCGAGCAGGAGGACAUGGAGACGGGCAACGUGGCCAGCCUCAUCAGCAUCUUCGGCUCCAGCUUCUCGGGACUGCUCAGCAAGGAGCCCAAGGGCCGGCGGCGGACGCCCCUUGACGGCAACGAGGCGGCGGCGGCGGGGACGCCCGCCGAGGCGGCGGCCGAGCCGGGACAGAUCUGCUGCGACGAGCCGGUGCUGCGGACCCUCAACCCCUGGAGCACGGCCAUCGUGGCCUUCUGACGCGCCGGCCGUGGGCCGCAGAGACUCACCCUCCGCCGCGGGGAGGGGGGGCCCGGCCGACGGACGGGCAGCCGGACCGAGAGGUGACACCCCCCCGCUGUUCUCCCCCCCCCCCCCCCGCUUCCUCCGCACCCCCGGCCCGGCGGAGGAGGGCGCCCGCCGCACCGGAUCGCACGGGCAGCGCCGCGGGGCUCCGGCGCCCGCGAGUCCCGGCACCCUGCCCCGCCGCACGGGAAGGACCGUAGGGCGGCAGCAGCACUUCCCCCUUCCCCGCCGGCACCCCGGGACCCGUCUGCCGGCACCCGCCCUGGGAGCGUCCCCGGCCCGGCCCUCCCGGAAUUCCCCUUCCCGGCCGGGCCGCCGCCCUCCCCGGCGCCUGGGGGAGGAGGCUCCUCGGCUGCCGCUGACCCCGGGGGUUCUCCCACUGGGUAAUAUUUUAAGCUUGGAAAGUAUUAAGUUUAUUAAAUAAAGUCUCUAUUUUGGAAAGGUUUAGGUCAGAACUACGACAUGGUGCUUUUUAAAAGUGUUUAUUGAGAGAAACGAAGUUUACAGAUGCUCUGGUGGAAAGUCUUCGAGCCUGUUUGUUAGGCUUGGUAACUCCCGGUCUUUGUUGUAUAAAGGCUUGGGGCUCCCGUAGGGAUUUUUGUACAGUAAUCUCCUUCAGUGA